GCGCGGCACCUGUUGCGUUCAAAAGGGAAACCGGGAGGACGAUGUGUUUAGCCGCUCGUUUCAUCCGGCAGCCAAUGAGGCAGACUUUACGACAUCAUUGCUAUCUAUACAGACACACACACACACACACGCACGCACACACACUCCUCCACGCGCGCUCACGGGAAAUAACGAGUUCAUCGGUCACGCGCGCUGAGCGACGCUUCCUCCAGGAAAAUUUCAUCCCGGUUUCCUCUUCGACUUCACUCCAAACACUUCUUGCCGUUAGGAUGCGCCUAAAACGUCGCGUCUCGCCGUUGAAAUUGGCCGUGCUGGGGGGGGUGCUGUUCAUGCUGGCCCUUGUGGUUAUCCAGAGGGACGUUGGUAGUGGCAUUCAGGAACCCUGGCUCCAGGAUUUAUCCAACCGGAAGGAGCGAAUGAUCGAAAUGGUUCGCGAUGCAGUCAACAAAAUGGCCUUCCAGAUACCAGGUCAACCAGACUCUUCACAGACGCCUUUAGAAGGGAGCAUGGAAAAAGAUUGCCCCUCAGGCUUCUACACCCAGGACGAGCUGAAACCGUUGUUUGAGCGGCCGCCGGAGGAUCCGCAGAGCCAGGGCGCUGAAGGGAACGCGUUCCAGGAGAACAAUCUGACUCCAGAUGAAGUGAAGGAGAAGGAAGAGGGCAUGACUAGGCACUGCUUUAAUCAGUUCGCAAGUGAUCGGAUCUCCCUGCACCGCAGCCUUGGGGAGGACACCCGGCCCCCAGAGUGCGUGGAGCGCAAAUUCCGCCGAUGUCCCCCUCUCCCCACGACCAGCGUGAUCAUCGUGUUCCACAACGAGGCGUGGUCCACACUGCUGCGCACCGUCUACAGCGUGCUGCACACCGCCCCGGCCUCUCUGCUGAAGGAAAUCAUCCUGGUAGAUGACGCAAGCACGGCAGGUCACCUGCACGCUCAGCUGGAGGAGUACAUAAAGAUGCUGAAGGUGGUUAAAGUAGUGCGUCAGGCCGAGAGGAAGGGGCUAAUCACGGCCCGACUGCUGGGAGCCAGUCAUGCUCAGGGCGAGAUCCUCACCUUCCUCGAUGCUCACUGCGAAUGUUUCCAUGGCUGGCUUGAGCCACUGCUCGCUCGAAUUGUGGAGGAGCCCACAGCCGUCGUGAGCCCAGAAAUCACCACCAUCGACUUGAACAACUUUAAGUUUAUGAAGCCCGUGGCCAGCGCACGCGCUCACAACCGCGGGAACUUCGACUGGAGCCUGACGUUCGGCUGGGAGGGCAUCCCUCAUUACGAGCAGGCAAAGCGCAAAGAUGAGACCUACCCUGUCAAAACGCCAACCUUUGCCGGAGGUUUGUUCUCCAUUUCCAAAGUCUACUUUGAGGAAAUCGGUACCUAUGACGACAAAAUGGAGAUCUGGGGUGGCGAGAACGUAGAGAUGUCCUUCAGGGUGUGGCAAUGUGGAGGCCAGCUGGAGAUCAUCCCGUGCUCUGUGGUCGGUCACGUGUUCCGCACGAAAAGUCCGCACACUUUCCCCAAAGGAACUGAAGUCAUUGUGCGGAACCAGGUCCGCUUGGCCGAGGUGUGGAUGGAUGAUUAUAAGCAAAUUUAUUAUCGCCGCAACCAGCAAGCAGCCAAGAUUGCCAGAGAGAUGAGCUACGGCGACCUCACAGACAGGCUGAAACUCCGAGAAAACUUGCGCUGCAAGAACUUUACCUGGUAUUUGAACAACGUCUACCCAGAAGUGUUUAUUCCCGAUCUUAACCCUGUUCACUUUGGAGCACUUAAAAACGUGGGGUCUCAGAGCUGCCUGGACGUGGGGGAGAAUAAUAAUGGAGGAAAAGCGGUUAUUAUGUAUGUGUGCCACAACAUGGGUGGAAACCAGUACUUUGAAUACUCAACACACAAGGAGCUGAGGCACAACAUGGGCAAACAGCUGUGUCUGCAUGCUACCUCCUUCCCAGAGCAAGUGAAGAUCGAGUUGUGCCACCUGAAGGGGCGCGGUACUAACGUCGCCCCCGAGCAGGAGUGGAUCUUGAGUGAGAAGCAGUUAAUAAAAAAUCCUUCCUCAGGUAAGUGCCUACACUUGAAGGACAGCCAGAUAGUCAUGAGCCCGUGCGACUCGGGAAACCAGCAUCAACAUUGGAUAUUCAGCUGAUCUCCGUCCCUGUCGAGAUGAAGUUCCAGCCUGAAGGACAGCUGUAACCUGUGCUUUAAUCCUACUGGAACUCACUCCUGGUCCAUCUGAGUGAACUGACAGCAUGUGGGUCAUUUAUGUCCAUGUAAUGGACCAAACUUUAAAAAAACACAAAAAAAAACCAUUGAAGGUUCUGAGACUCUGAAAUGCAAGUGGAAGGACCGUCCCCUGGCGUCAGUAUUGUUUACACUCUCACACCAAACGUGCGCUUUCGACGUUCCUGUUUCAGCCUUCAAACUGUUUCUUUUAACCAUUUUAUUUAUGUUUUAAAAAAGUGUCUAAUAAGUAUUUUAAUUUUUUUUCCAAUUUUAUUUGAAGACCGUGGAAAACGGGUGUUUGUUUUGCAAAUCGGACACGGCGUGUAUUAUUUUUGUCAAAAAAAAUCAUUCCGUUCUUCUGCCGAACAAGCCAAGCUCAAGUGGGGUGUUCCCCCAAGAAAUGCUUUAUUUUUAUUUUUAUUUCAGUUCAGACAGAAACCAUGAACACGUCUCUCUCCUCAGCCAUUUUAUUAACUUAAAUUAUACGAGUUGACGAUCCGAAACGUCAACCAGGUUUAUGUCCAUAAAGUGGAGACAUGAAAUAGAUCCUUUAUGUUCUUGUUGUGAUUAAAGAUUUCUUGGGAAAUUUUUAUUCCUCUA